AUGCAGGCAGAGAUGAACCAAGUAAUAAGAGAGAAGAAUUAUUUGCUCAAGGAGAGGAAGGACUUCAUGGACCGUGAGAUAGAGAACAAUAAAGAGCUGGAGAGGAAUAUAAGUGCGGCUGAACGUCAGGCGCUUCGACUCAGACAGCAGCAUCAGGAAGAGGAGAGGAGCCAAAGGCGUCUGCAGGAUGAGGUGGAAGUGCUGAAGGGAACUUUAGACCGAACAGCCACAGAUGUGGAGACCACCCGAUCUCAGUUAACCAGCAUGAAAAAGGACAUUCAGGACAAAACAGAGAUCGAUGCUCAGCUGCUCUGGCAGAGAGAGCUCAUGUUCAGAAAGAGUAAGGAGUUGCAGGGACUGCGUGAUAAAGAGAAGAACACCACAGCUGAGAUCUGCGCCACCCGGGCCGCUAUCUCCAACCUCGACAGCAGACUCAGCAAACAGGACCAGAACUUGCUCAAACAGCAGAUGAUCAUUUCCAACCAGGACUUUCAGAUCCAGAUGCUGGAGAGGAAGACUUUACACUUGCAGGGGAAGGUGAACACAGAAGAAAAGGAAGCUCUGGAGAAGAAGGCCUCUGAUCUGGCUGAAGCUCUAGAGGAGAAGAAGAGGACAGCCGUCACCCUCACCACACAGCUGAAGAAACUGCAGGACAGCAUGGUGGAGAAAGGUCUCCUGAAGAUGGAGGUGCAGCGACUGAGAGAUCUGCUGUAUGACCGAGCAGAUGGAGUGCUGAGCCUGGAGAAGAGACGUCUGCAGCUGCAAGUGGCCAUGAAAGAGAGAGAAGAGGAGAUCCAUGUGCACAGAGAGAUGCUCGCUAAACAGGCCAAGCUCACUGAACAGGAGAGACAAGGGCUCAG